AUGGCUCAGCUUGCGAGGACGGCACAGCUUGCGAGGAUGGCACAGCUUGCAAGGACAUCACAGCUUGCGAGGACAGCUCAACUUGAGAGGACAGCUCAACUUGAGAGGACAGCUCAACUUGAGAGCACAGCUCAAAUUCAGAGGACAGCAAAACUUGAGAGGACUGCUCAACUUGAGAGGGCUCCUCAGCUUCAGAGGGCAGCUCAACUUGAGAGGGCAGCUCAACUUGAGAGGGCAGCUCAACUUGAGAGGGCAGCUCAACUUGAGUGUACAGCUCAACUUGAGAGGAAAUCUCAACCUGAGAGGACACCUCAACCUGAGAGGAUAGCUCAACUUGAGAGGACAGCACAACUUACGAGGACAGGAAAGCUUGCGAGGACAGCAAAGCUUGUGAGGACAGCAAAGCUUGUGAGGACAGCAUGGCUAGCGAGGACAGCAAGGCUUGCGUGGACAGCACGGCUUCCGAGGACAGCACGGCUUGCAAGGACAGCACGGCUUGUGAGGACAGCACACCUUGCGAGGACAGCAGAGCUUGCAAGGACAGCACGGCUUGCGAGGACAGCACAGCUUGCGAGGAGAGCACAGCUUGCGAGGAAUGCACAGCUUGGGAGGACAGCACAGCUUUCGAGGACAGCACAGCUUGCGAUGACAGCACAACUUUUGAGGACAGCAUGGCUUGCGAGGACAGCUCAACUUGAGAGGACAGCUCAACUUGAGAGGACAGCUCAACUUGAGAGGACAGCUCAACUUCAGAGGACAGCAAAACUUGAGAGGACUGCUCAACUUCAGAGGGCUGCUCAGCUUCAGAGGGCAGCUCAACUUGAGUGGGCAGCUCAACUUGAGAGGGCAGCUCAACUUGAGAGGGCAGCUCAACUUGAGUGUACAGCUCAACUUGAGAGGAAAUCUCAACCUGAGAGGACACCUCAACCUGAGAGGACAGCGGAACUUGAGAGGACAGCACAACUUACGAGGACAGGAAAGCUUGCGAGGACAGCAAAGCUUGUGAGGACAGCAAAGCUUGUGAGGACAGCACGGCUUGCGAGGACAGCAAGUCUUGCGUGGACAGCACGGCUUCCGAGGACAGCACGGCAUGCAAGGACAGCACGGCUUGCAAGGACAGCACGGCUUGCGAGGACAGCACGGCUUGCGAGGACAGCACGGCUUGCGAGGACAGCACGGCUCGCGAGGACAGCACGUUAUGCGAGGACAGCACGGCUUGCGAGGACAGUACGGCUUGCGAGGACAGCACGGCUUGCGAGGACAGCACAGCUUGUGAAGACAGCACAGCUUGCGAGGACAGCACAGCUUGCGAGGACAGCUCAACUUGAGAGGACAGCUCAACUUGAGAGGACAGCUCAACUUGAGAGGACAGCUCAACUUGAGAGGACAACUGAACUUGAGAGGACAGCUCAUCUAGAGAGGACAGCUCAUCUAGAGAAGACAACUCAACUUGAGAGGACAGCUCAACUUGAGAGGACAGCUCAACUUGAGAGGACAGCUCAACUAGAGAUGACAGCUCAACUAGAGAGGACAGCUCAACAUGAUAGGACAGCUCAACUUGAGAGGACAGCUCAACUUGACAGGACAGCUCAACUAGAGAGGACAGCUGAACUUGAGAGGUCAGCUCAACUUGAGAGGACAGCUCAACUUGAGAGGACAGCUCAACUUGAGAGGACGGCUCAACUUGAGAGGACAGCUCAACUUGAGAGGACAGCUCAACUUGAGAGGACAGCACAACCUGAGAGGACAGCACAACUUGAGAGGACAGCUCAACUUGAGAGGGCAGCUCAACUUGAGAGGACAGCUCAACUUGAGAGGACAGCCCAACCUGAGAGGACAGCACUACUUGAGAGGAAAGCACAACAUGCGAGGACAGCAAAGCUUGCGAAGACUGCAUGGCUGGCGAGGACAGCACGGCUUGCGAAGACAGCAAGGCUUGCGAUGACAGCACAGCUUGCGAGGACAGUACAGCUUGCGAGGACAGCGCAGCUUGCGAGGACAGCACUGCCUGCGAGGACAGCACAGCUAACGAGGACAGCACAGCUUGCGAGGACAGCAGAGCUUGCGAGGACAGCACAGCUUGCGAGGACAGCACAGCUUGCGAGGACGGCACAGCUUGCGAGGACGGCACAGCUUACAAAGACGGCACAGCUUGCGAGGACAGCACAGCUUGCGAGGACAGCACAGCUUGCGAGGACAACACAGGUUGUGGGGACAGCACAGCUUGCGUGGACAGCACAGGUUGCGAGGACAGCACAGCUUGCGAGGACAGCACGGCUUGCGAGGACAGCACAGCUUGCGAGGACAGCACAGCUUGCGAGGACAGCAUAA